AUGCAUCUAUGGAAGCACACCUUUCGGGGUCGCGCCCUGAUUGCGGCCAUCACCAUGGCCUCCUGCCAGGCCUUCCUACUGCUAGGCUUUGACCAAGGUGUGAUGGCCGGUAUCAUCGGGGCCGAAAACCGCUUUGGACGGGACUUUAACAACCCAGAUGCAGCAAUGCAGGGUAACAUCACCGCCCUAUAUGAUAUCGGCUGCGUCGUCGGUUCGAUCGUCUGCUACUUCAUCGGCGAGCGCUACGGUCGGCGAACAAUGUUGAUUGCAGGAGGGUCGAUCAUGAUCAUUGGCACCAUUAUCCUGGCUUCGUCGUACACCGUCGCGCAGCUCAUCGCUGGCCGCAUCAUCACUGGCAUCGGAAACGGGAUGAACUCGUCGACUGCCCCUGUCUACCAAAGCGAGUGUUCGCCAGCUGCGUACCGGGGUGCCUUGUUGACCCUGCAGGGAACGGUGACAAUCCUCGGUGUUGUUAUUGCAUACUGGAUGGACUAUGGCACUAGCUUUACCGAGUCAUCCCUCCAAUGGCGAUUUCCUCUGGCCUUCCAAGCCGUCUUCGCCGUGAUGCUCAUCCUCCAGGUCAUCGGAUUACCCGAGACGCCGCGUUGGCUGGUCCAACACGAUCGGCACGAAGAAGCUCGGGCGGUAGUGGCGGCCAUCGAGGACGUGCCGCUGGACAACGCCGAAGUGAACAAGACCAUUCUGGACAUUCAGGUCGGGCUGGAGGAAGAGCAACGCGGCGGUCCGUUCCGGUUUAUGGAGCUGUUCAGCUGGGGCGAGGUUCAGAACCUCCGUCGCAUGCUCAUCACCAUCUCCAUCGAGUUGGGGCAACAAUUCACCGGCUCCAACAUGAUCAAUUACUACGGGCCCGUAAUGUUCCAGGAAACCAUGAGGAUGAGCCGGAAUCUGGCGAUGAUCCUAGGCGGCUGUAUCCAGUGUACCUAUCUUGUUGGAUCGGCCAUCCCGGUGUUCCUGAUGGAUCGAUUUGGACGGCGAACACUGUUGAUGAUCUGCUCUGCGGGACUGUGUCUCUGCUUCGUUAUGGUCACUAUCUUGCUGUCACUGGGGCGAGAGGAUGCCGCAUACGGCGCAACGGCCUUUAUCUUCAUCUUCCAGCUUUUCUACGGUGUCGGCUGGCUCCCAGUCCCAUGGUUCUAUCCCGCAGAGAUCAACACCACACGCGUGCGCACAAGAAUGCAAGCCAUUGCCUCCGGAUGGAACUGGAUGGCGGUGUUUGCCGUAGUCAAAAUCACUCCGAUUUCCUUUGCCAACAUCGGGUGGCGCACGUUCAUGAUCUUCGCUGUGUUGAAUGCCGCAUUCAUCCCUAUGGUGUACUUUUUCUACCCCGAGACGAAAGGAUUGGAGCUGGAGGACAUUCCCCUCCUGUUUAGCAAGGGUGGUAUCACAGGAGGCGUCUUUACUUCCAGAGGGGGUCGCACUGUUAUGCCAGGACAACAUGCCCAUGAGAGUCAUGUCGAUCAGAAGGUCGAGGGUGCAGUACAGGAGGUGGAGGAUGCUAGCUAA